AUGCCGCCUCACCUUAACCCUAUGCCCUCGCCUCCACCACAAUCGUCAUUUGUUGCGUCGCCACUACAUGUGCCGUUUGUUUGCCAGGACACCCCCCUCUGGACCCCAACCCUGCUCUCUCAACUGGUGAAAUUCACCGCUGAAUCCCUCUUCCACAUUGCUGUCGACACCUCUGUCACGCCCAAUCUCGUGGAGUCACACACACGCGCCGGCCAGUACCUUAAGCUACGUGUUUCCAACACGCUCAAUUCUAUGAUCUUUGCCAUCCCAUCAUCGCCGAAGCUAGCAUUUGCAUGUGGCGCGUUCGAGUUCUCAGUGAAGAAUGUGAAGGGGUCCACUGCGGAGGUACUGUGCGUGUUGAAGAGAGGGGAUGUGGUGGAACUAAGUUCAGUCAUGGGAAAUGGGUUUGACAUCAUUCGGCUCGACUCGCUAGAAAAAUUUGACAUUGUCACCGUCUUUGCCACGAGUUUUGAAAUUAGAUCAGCAUUUUACUUCAAUUUUGCCAUUUUAAUUUUUCACUGUUGA